CAGCUGGAGCAGCAGCAGCUGGAGCCGCAGCUGGAACGUGAGCCGCAGCCAGUCCAAUGAAAUUUACUCUCAUUUAAUGUUCAAUUGGCGCGCAGCAAGCUGCUCUCAUUCUUUAAUCGCGACAUGGCCGCCACCGAUGGCCAAAUCAUAUUGGCAGCAUCCCGUUUCGGUGAUGCAACGCCCGUUUAUUUGCGCGACUUUUCCAAACAGCCGCUGCCGGCGGUGGCCAAAAUCCUUAAAGGGCAACAUCAGGCACUGGGCGUACCCACACUCUCGGCUCCGUCGCUCCAGAGCACCGCGUUGUUCCUGAGCGCUGGCAAGAAAUAUCAGAUAUUGGCGCAGCCCAUCAAGAUCAAAGAGGGACGCAAGCCCACUAAUGUGGGCGCCAAGGUGCUCAUACCAGAGACCUACAACGGCUAUUUCGAGCUGCUCAGCGAGGACGGGCGCUCGACGCGCUGCAUCGACUCGGUGUUGGAGCUGGCACGACGACGCAAUGCUCGGGUUCUGGUGCGUGAAACGUUUCGCUGCCAGCAAUUGAAUCGCACCAUACACGCCGGCGAGCUGCUGACCACCAUGAACGACAAUGGCAAAUAUCUGCAGUGCCGAAAUAUCAAGGACGAGAUCAUCAAUCUGCCACUCGAUACCAAAGCCAAGUUUUCGCCGAUAGCGCGCGAGGACAGCAUCAGCGGUGUGCAUACGGUCAAGAAUCUGUUGCUCAAGCGUAUGCCAGUUAUUGUGAGGCUCGUUCAUGGCAGCGCGCCGAAGGGUCUGAAGCAGCCAUUUGUGCCGGAGCUGCGUCUGUUGGGCUGCGUGGAGAUCGAUCGCAUCUUUGCGCUGCCACUGCAAAAGGAUACGGAUUUGGUGCCGGUGCCGUUGAAUGCAAAGAUCAAGCUGCAGUGUGCCAAGAACAUGGAGCAGUUGGAGCACUUCAUUGAGUACACGCGCUUCCUGGACAAGGCGCAGCGCUUGCUGGCCGAUGCACGCGAUCGCCUGCAAAUUGUUGAUCUCAAGCUGAGCGAAAAGGAGAAGAAGGACUCCAAGUUCAGCAGUCGCAAUAGCAGCGGCAAUCGCUUGCCCAUUGUCAUGCUGCCGUCGGCGGCGGGCCUGGCCAGCGGCUGGUUGGAGAGCGGCUAUGUGUUGCGCAAGAGCGCCAGCUGUGAUUCGUGGUCCAAGCAGCACCAGCUGCAGCAUCAGCAGCAGCAGCAGCAGCAACACCAAAUGCUCAAUGGCAAUGACAUUGCCGAGGAGUACAACGAGAUCGAUCACAUCUAUGAUUACGUGCGUGGCCUGACACCGCUCUCGAAGGGUUUGGCACGAUUCGAACCGAUUUGCGAAUCGCCUACGCUCAAAUCGCAUCAUACGGACAGCAGCGGCAAUGGCAACUAUUGCAGCUUGAUACGCGCACCAAUAGCAGCCGCCGCAGCUCCGACACAGCAACCAGGGCAACAGUCGCAGCAGCAGCAACAGUCGAGCAACAACAACAACAACUACAGCAGCCUCGAGUCGAAUAAGCACAGCAGCAGCAAUGGCGGCAACACACAUCAUCAUCAAUAUGCAACGCAGCAGCAACACCAACAGCCGCAACAGCAGCAUCAUUUGCUGGUCAAUCACUAUCAUCACAGCCAUAGGCAGGAAGAUAUCAAGCCCGUGCCGCCGCCCAUUGAGACAAUUCCGGGCAAGAAGCCAGCCGAGAAGCGACAGCGUCCCACACUACCAAAGCUUUACAUCAAGAAUUCGAAUGCGAAUGCGAAUGCGAAUGCGAAUGCGAAUGCGCAUAGCGCCGGCAGCAGCAGCAAUGGCAACUCAACUGGCGGCACCAGUCACAGUCACAGUCACAGCCAUAGUCACAGUCACACUCACAGUCACAGUCAGCAACAGUUGCCGCCAACGCCCAACAACAACAACAACAACAACCCAGCUGCCAUUGUGGCUGCUGCAGCGAUCAAUGCACAUCACGCUCACUCGCAUGGACAUCCACACACACACUCACACCCACAUCCACACCCACAUCCACAUCACGGCAAGGUGCUGACGCCCAAUAAUCAUUUGCCAGUUAAGGAAUCGCUGGAGCCGCAGUCGCCGCUGUUUCAUAUCAGAUACAAGAGCCUCAGCAGCCUGCAGUUGACGCCCGAUAGCAAUACAGCGGCUAUGACGCCGCCGAUCUCAGCCAAGGCAGCAGCAGGAGGAUCAGUUGACGCCUGCUCACAGACGCCGCCCGACGUGGUGCUCAAGUGCAGCAGCAUACUGAACACCCAUGGCUACCUACACAGUCACAGUCACAGUCACAGUCGCAGCUCGAGCAGCAACAAUCAUCAUAAUCCGCGCGAGGGUACACUCGACUCUUCGCGCAGCGGGGGACGAACCUCGGGCGAUUCGCAGAAGCAGCUGCCGGAGAAGAAGACGCGACGCCUGUCUCGGCCGCGCAGCCUCUCCAAUUUGGUGUGGGAUCUGCGGCCGAGCAAGGAGAAGUCCAAGAAGAAGCUCUAUGUGCAUCAUUUCGAUCAGCGUCAACAGGCGACGCUCUAUCUCUAGGAAGUUAUGAUGAGAGCGAGGUGAAGUGAACUGAAGUGAAGUGAAGUGAAGUUGGAAGAAGAUUCGUUGCCAAAUCGUUUCGCUGCCAUCAACGACAAACCCACAGACAACAACAACAACAACAACAACAACAAACAACAAGCAACAUUUAGAGCGCUGUGUGUGUUCCUGCAGCUUUCACCAAAUUUUUUUUCUUUACUAUUUUUUUAGAGCUUGCAGCAGCAAUUUUUAAUUAAUAUUGAAUUGUGCCUUUCCCUGCGCCCAGAACUAUGCUUUAAACAACAACAACAAAAUUCCACUCAAAUAUUUUUCAAGAAUAUUUUGCCUGGAUGCACGAACGACAACUGAGAGAGAGAGAGAGAAAGAGAGAGCGAGGAAGUUACUGAAGCAGUUGAACCAAACAACAAAAUCAAAUCACAUGAAGCGCUGACACACACCUACACACACACACACACACACA